AUGCAAUUUUACAGCCAAUCCCAAGCUGUAGAUCAUCCGAGCUUCAAGAACAUGAUCAACAUAGCAGCCCGUGCUAUAAAUGGCGUGGUCCUACCAAAUUGUAAUGCUACGCGCCACGACAUCAUGGACUUGUUCAAGACACAGAUGACGAAGUUAAAGGACCGGCUCAAUGUAAGUUUGUGUUUUGUCUGA